CCCGGCCCGGCCUGGCCUGGCCCGGCCCCUGCCCUUGCCCUGCCCGCAGAGCGCUUCGCCCGGCCCCGAGCCGCGGCCCGCCCGGUCCGGUCACUGGCCCCGGCCCGUGGCGGGAGGAUCCGAUGUCCCGGGCCGGGCCUUCUCCCGGCCCGCCCCCGGCGCAGGCCUUGCGGCCCUUCGUUUGUUUACGUUGCUGGCGCUGCGGCGGCUCCGGCCCCGGGUCUCCCGCUUUGGGCCGGCUGAGGCAGCCCGGCCCGCGACACUGGCUGUCGCGGAUUAAUCCGCGUCUAAUUUCAUUUCUUAAAAGCAGCUGCCAGAGUAUUCUUAAGCAUUGUAAAGAUGUGGAGCUUUCCUUCAGUGAUGUGUCUGACAAGGCUGAAAUCUUCAAAGGCACCAAGAAGGGAAUGGUAUACCUCACCCCCUACAGGAUGAUCUUUGUGUCUAAAGGCAAGGACCCCCUGAUGUCCUUCAUGAUGCCAUUCUACUUGGUGAAAGGGUGCUCCAUCGAGCAGCCUGUCUUCUCUGCCAAUUACAUCAAAGGCGUGAUCCAGGCUGAGGCAGGAGGGGGUUGGGAAGGGCAGGCUUCCUUUAAAAUGACCUUCAACAGUGGAGGAGCCAUUGAGUUUGGACAGUUGAUGUUCAGAGUUGCCACUAAUGCUUCCAGAGGGGCUCCUGCCCAGAAUACUGGCUAUGGCUAUAUGCCUGCCUUUACGGGGUGCACCCCUGCUCCAGGAGGUUAUUCACCUGCCCCCCAGCCAGCUAAUGGACCAUACCCUUAUGUGCCCCCACCAAUGAAUGGAUAUGGACCAGCUCCGCAACCCAUGGGAUACCCUUACGCACCACCUCCAGGCAUGUACCCACCUCCUCCUGACAUGAACCCCCUGUAUAUGGCUCCUCCUCCCCCCUACCCUGGCCCUCCUACCGCAGGACCUUCAGCCCCCACAGCCCCUACAGCCUGGGUGGAGCCCGGAAUGCCAGGUGGCAGUAAAGCAGCAGAAGCAGCUUCGAGUGCCUAUUACAACCCAGCCAAUCCCCACAAUGUCUAUAUGCCUAUGGACCAGCCGCCUCCUUAUGCACCUCCUGCUGAGAAAAAGAACAACUAACGGAAGGAACCCACUCACCAACUGCUCACGUUCCUUCUCCCCAAAGACACUUCUGUCCUCACCACCACCCCCUCAUUCAGUGUAUCUCUAGGCUUCCAUGCGUGUAUAUAAUAGACAUAGCAAUGGGCGACGUAACACCUGCCCUCUUUAAACAUUUGAGCAUGACCAUACAAGUAGAACAGCAGAAGCAGCAGUGUAUUCUUGCCUGAUUGCUUUACAUCCCAGGGCCAGAGCGCUGUCUCUCCGAGGCUUUUACCAUGAGUUUGGGGGUGGGGGUGAAGUCUUAGGCCAGCAGAGAAAGCACAUCAGUAAUGUAGGAAUACAACAUUACAGCUUCUUGAUUUUUUUGAAUGAAGUAAAAUGGUUUGAGAGAGUGGUUUUAAACUUCCUCUGAGGCAACAGUAAGUGAGAAGGAAAGAGGCAAUGGGCUGCUGGGUUUCCCCAUGUUGGUAUAAAAGAGGAGCACGUUACAUUUUUCAUUGGUGCUGUUCCCUUUUUAAGGAAUCGAGUGAAGUGCUGGAGGCUUGUGUCACGUAAGCUUCAUUGUACUGGGCCACACUGUAACCUGGGAAGACUCCUGAGACACACUCAGCCUAGUUAAGCAUUUUGCAGUGUGGGCUUCAGUGUGGAGAGGCCAAGUACAAUGCUAACUCAGCAGCAGGAGCAAGGGAAGUAUGAACUGGCUUUGGCUAAAUCACUGGCCCUGCAGGCAAGAAGAGCUAACACAGCUGCAGUUUUAUACCUGCCUUGGACACUGCAAAGCCCCCUGUAUGCACCUGUCUCCUUUCCCAGGAAACCUGCCUCUCUCAAAACGGGUGAUGGCUGGAAGAGGCGAGAUGCCCCACUUGCUGGGGUGUGCAGACAUCCAAGGAUGCCUGGUUCUUCCUCCUCCACUCUGUUGUGAGAAGCUUCUCUUCUGUAUUGUAAAUGUACUUUUGAGGAGAGGGGGAUGUGUUAGCAGGUCUCUUCAGUGCAGUGAAAGCCAGACUUUGUGGCCACCUGAUGCAGGCGGCCGAUGAAAGACUUGGGAGAAACUCGUGCGUCUAACCUGGAAAUAGGCAGUGGCUUUCUAAAAGCAGCAUCUCCGUGUAGAUGGGCAGUAGAAAAGCAAAUUGGGACUGGGUGGAGGGGAGUGGAAUCUGGGCUACAGAGCUCUGAGCAAAUGGGAGUGGAAAUUAAUCCAAGUCUUCCUUUCAUUCUCCUAGAAACUGGCCCCUCUGUGCAGCAGCAGCCACGCUGCAGGUGCGGGUGAGUGAGAAGUAUUAGGGUAUUCUACUCUGACAGCACGUUUCACCAAGGAGAGCAUAACCUCACCAUAGGGAUGGGAUCAGAAACUAUUGCUCUGCCUGCUGAGGAGCCUCAUACCCCGGGCUAGCUUUCCUAGAAAGCACUGGGGGGUGGGUGGAGAUGGGAGAGCGGUCUGUCUUCCCUCCACAUGCAACUAAAGCCAUGCUGGUGUGAAUGUGCUGGCAUCUGAACAGUAGUGGGGGUGAGGAAGAGAAUCUCGGUGGGUGGGGUGGGUUUGUUUCUUCAAUGGAGGUAGGGUAACUGGAUGGCUCUUUACUGCUUGCGUGGCAUCCCCUUGUGGUGAGGCGGUGCCCGUUCACCAUCAAUAACCAGUAUUUUUUGUAAUGUAGAUGUUACUGCUAACCCUCAGCUGUUACUGAGAAUAGAGCAACUCAGCUGGGACCUUCUAUUCUCCCUUAGGAACUGAUGCCCUGCAAACUUGUUCUCCAAAGAGAAUCACACUUGUCUAGUGGAGAACCUCUGACUCCCAGUGUAGGGCCUGCUCAGCCACUCCCCACUCGGUUCUCACUCAGGGGUAGGGACUGUUUUUCCCCCUUUGCUCCCUACGUGCUAGGCUAUUGUACAAGCAAAGCUCACACAACCUGUGUGUAUUCCUGUAGCUGCCUGACCUUCCUCCGCAUAGCAGCCAUCUGCAAGGGAGGAACUUCCUUUUCUAAGAAGCCUUUUUAAUCUGAGUCAAAGAUUCUCUAACUUUCUGGAAUUAAAAAUGUUCCACUAUCAAUGUUUGUAAUAUCUUUUGCAUUGCACUUUAAUACAGAAGCAUUGGAAUCUUCA